AUGUGGGCAUACAAAUUUCUCAGAAAAGACACUCGCUUACAAGUGCCAACUUACAAGACUUUCCUUAAACAGAAUCAUGAUUUGCUCAAAUUAUGGUAUGAAGAGGAACAAGAACCAUUAGAAGAGAGAGUCAAUUUCUUGCUGAGAUGUUUCAGAUUCGGCAUAUAUGUUCUUCUCAUUUACAUCUUCGUUUAUACUCUAAUUGACCCUUAAGAUGAUUAUUACUCGAAUGAGUGCAAUAAAAGAGUAGAUUGUUAUACUGGCUGUAAUAUGGGCUAUUUUCCAGAGUUAGAAUGUACAUAGGUUGAAAAUAUUCGUUUUAAGUAUAAUGGUAUCAGAUUUGAUAGCUUUUACAUGUAUAAAAGACCAAACAUAACUAAAGGCUAAGCAGGAUUAGAUUAAUACAACAGUUGCAAAGCAUAUAUAUCAAAUAACGCAUUUUAUCCAUUCAUUCCCUUCUUAAAGCGAUAAGCCAAACUUCAUACAUGCUUUUCAUACUGCAUAAAUGGUGAUGAUGAUGCUAUUAUUGGAGAGACUAGACAAUAUUGUACUGACCUUCCCAUUAACCAAAGAGAUUAAAUCAUUUGCCUAUUUCCAAGUGAUUAAUGUGAAAAAACUAAGUUGUAAUCAGAAGUGGAUAUAGCAGAUGGUAUUUUUUCUCUAGCUCCAGGCAUUGCAAUUUUAGCUGCAAUAGUGGUAACUCCAAUUUAGUUUAUUUUUGAGUUUCUAUGCAUAAUUUUGGCGAAACUUAGAAUAAAAAGCAUUGAUAACACAUGGCAAAACUGCAGAGUUCUGCUAUUUCAAGUAUUCAUUAUAUUGUUUUUUGUAGCCAUCCUUGUCAUUUCUAUCGCUUUUAUUUCAGUAACAAUAUCAGCUGGCCGGCCAGAAUUAAUGUUUCCAACAAUGGCUUUGGCAGUAAUUCUUGACUAAUGCAAAUCUAUUGGAAUCUUGACUCUUUUAUAUAUAAUAAUAGUGAGAAGAUUCGGCUUUCUAUAAUCUAAUGAAGGUGAAUACUUAACCCCAGCAUUACUUGAAACUCCUAAAUAAGAGGUAUGGAUCCCAAAAUUGAAAGUAUUCUGCCUUAAAAUGCUAGAAAGUACAGGCUUUGAAACUUUGUCUAUGGUAUUGAUAUCAUUUUAUACUAUUUUCAUCUUGUUUUGGCUGACUAUGGCUGAUAUAUUCAGUAUUGAUGAGUAGAUAUUGUCUAAAAUUGAUACUGCUUUCUUAACAAUGUUUUUCACUGAAAUUAUUUUGAAAAGCUUUGCCAGCAACUUCAUGUACUUAGUUGAUGUAUUUAAUGCCUUUGAUGCUGCAAUCGUCUUAAUUUCAGAAGUUCUUAAUAUUAUUGGUAUAAUUGCAAAAGGUCUUGGAGUAUUAAGACUUAUUAGAGUUGUUGUAAUAACAAUAAGAAAAAUUACUGGCAAUACCUCAAAGUUACGGCAUUAAUCAAAGAAUAUAAACCCUGUUGAAUCUGUAAUGAAAAUUCUUUAGUCUAUAAUUGAUCUCAGGGAAAUUUCUCAAUCAAUAAAGAAAGAAGCCAAAUGGGCAAUAGAAAUUAUUGAAUCUAAUAAGCUUUAUGAACUUAACUUUGAUAUGGCGAGUGAAGAGAAAAAUAUGGAUGUUGAAGCAAAGGCCUGGCUUAAUAUCACAACAGAAGCAGCAAAUGACACAACUUAAUGGUUUGAAAGAGACUUAGAUGAUUUUUUGAAAGAAAUCCAUAGGGAAAAUGAUGAAUAAGAUCCAAAUAAACUCGAAGAGGAAGAGGAAAGAAUCAAGUAAAUUCUUAAUGUACAGCCAAGGAUGUGGAAUAAUGCUUUGAAGAUGAUGGAUGACUUUGAUAAAUGGGACUUUGAUAUCUUUAAGUAUCAUGAAAACCUAGGAGAAGCUACAAUCCUGCAUUUCGGUUUUAAGCUUUUUUAGAUUUAUGGCUUGCUGGAAAAGUUUUCAAUAGCGGAUAAUAAUUUCUUCAAUCUACUAACAUAGAUAAAGAAUUCAUUCUACGAAAAUAAUACCUAUCAUAACACUUUGAGAGCUAUUGAGGUAACUAGAAACUUCCACUAUUUUGUCAAACAUGGAGAACUAAUGAAUCACUUAUCUGAUUUAAACAUAAUGGCGGCGUAUUUGUCCUGUCUCAUGCAUGAUCUUGGCCAUCCUGGAGUAAACAAUACAUACUUGAUAGCAACUAAGCAUCCUAAAUCAAUCAGAUAUAAUGAUAAAUCAGUCUUAGAAAAUCAUCAUUGCGCAAUGACUUUCAAGCUUUUACUCGAUCCAUAGAAUGAUAUUUUUGAACUUCUAAGUGAGGCUUAAUAUUGGAACGUUAGACAAAUCAUCAUAAAAAUGAUUUUGGCUACUGAUAUUUCUCAUCAUUUCGAUUAAAUAAUGGCAUUUAGAGGCAGAUUGUCUACUAAAAAAUUCCCAGAAGAAACUAAUGAGGAUAAAUAGUUAAUACUAAAUAUGGUCCUCUACGCUUCUGAUCAUGCAAAUCCUUGCAAAAACUCAAUUUAAUACUUCAGAUGGAUGGCGGCUGAAAUGGAAGAGUAUUAUUAAUAAGGAGACAUUGAGAAAAAACUUAACUAUACAGUUACCCCAUAUUUUGACAGGACAACUUGCAAUCCCUUUGUUUAUCAAAAGGGUUACAUAAGUGUUAUUGUUGAGCCAUUAUAUCUGACUUUACUUGACUUCUUACCAGCACAAUGCAAAUAGGAUACCUGGACUAAAGGCUUGGAAGAAAAUAAAGCUUUAAUCGAGUAGAAAAUCGAAGAGACUAAAAAUCUCGUAAAUGUAAGUAUGAGCACACAUGAGCUUGUGUAGGAUUGA